CAAACCCAAACCCCAUUCCAUACUACUUUCUCUCUCUCUUUAUCUCCUCUAUUUAUUUAUUUUGCUCUCUCAAAAAAUAACACCACAACAACAAAGCCAGACUCUCUUCUCCACCACCAACGACAGUAAAUUCCAAAAACGACGUAAAUGAUAUGGUGGGACUGAGUAUAUUAUUGGAUUUGGAAGGCCAACAGAGUGGUAGUACUAGGGUUCACAAGAGUAAGAGUAGUAGUAGUAGUAGGAGUCCUCAAGUCAUUAACAAAACCACCAUGAUCAACACCAAUCAACCUCCUCCUUAUUCUUCUUCUUCUUCAUCGUCUUUUUACAGAAGCUUUGCUUCGGUUUCCUCUGUUCAAACUCCAACUUUUCUGGACCAUUGUUUUCUCUGCAAGCAGAAGCUCUUGCCCGGUAAAGACAUCUACAUGUACAAUUAUAUAUGUAUGUGUUUGUGUUGCAGAGGAGACAAGGGUUUUUGCAGCGUGGAGUGCCGAGGCAGGCAGAUUUUCAUGGACGAGGAAGAAGGUCUUUUCAAGAACAACUGUUCAUUGUCUGCCAUGAAACCCUCUUCUUCGUCAUCAUCAUCUUCAUCUUCAUCUUCGUCAUCAUCUUCUUCUGGUUCUCGGCACCGGAAAGGCACGGCUGGAAACUGAGCGGGGGUUUUUUUGCUGCCAGAGAGAGCAAAAAAACCAGUUAUAAAAAUUGGUUCUUAAUUUUAAUUUUAAUUUUUUUACUUUAAACCUGUUUUGACGGUUUUACCCUUGGUUGAUUUUGUAAUGACUUUCAUGUCCUUUGGCGUUUUUGCCUCCUAAUGUGAAGACAAAAGAGUCCUUUAACUUGUUUAUUUUGGAUGGAGAUUUGGGUUUGGCCUCCUCAAUCCUCAUCAUGUAAUCUGUGGGUUUCCCCCAUAGUUUUAUAUUAUCUUUUGACUCUUUAUUGCCCGGAAAAAAGAAGAGAAUUAUAGUUGGAGUUUUUGUUGUGACAAUACAAAGGGCAUGUAUGGUAUUUUAUUGUAUGCUUAAUGAGAAUUAACUGUAGUUGUUUAUUAAUUAA